AUGGAUCUUCAUCAACCACCGAAAAAUUUUCGCCUAACUGCUUCCACAUCCCGAACAGAUCAAGAGUCCACAUCUGACCCAGCCGAUCUUCCAUCAACCUCGGCCCCCUACUUAAUACCAAUUCCUGAGCGUAAACGUCGACGAAGGCUUGUAAAGACUGCCGAGAUGGUUCGUCCAAGGCCUGUCGUUCAAGACCUUCUCGCCGAUCUUCCAACUGACGCCGAAGCCGCACCAACGCAAUCAAUGAUUCCACCCAAAUCGAAGAGGGUAAAAAAGGCUCAGCCUAAGGCCAAGGCUACAGAUGCCGAGGCUGAGGAUGCUCUGCCGAUUUCGAAGCUAGCUGAAAGCAAAAAAUCAGCCUCUACUUCAACCAAAAGGUCUGCUGAGGGCCAACCCUCAGGGUCUACACAAACAAAGAGGCCAAGGUCAUCGUCUGCGACGACCUCGGCUUCGAAGAAGCCCGACGUCCCCUGGGCCCCUGAUCUAUCCCUGGAGGAUAGGCCCAUCAUGGCUAGUGAAAGUGCUGACGACAUUAAUGUUGCUGUCGCCCUUAGCACUGCUCUUCUUCUACCAAAUGACUUGGAGCGAAAUAGCAAGCUUAGUGAGUAUGAAAAUUAUGCUCUUAUGCUCCAACACUCUGCUCAAGCCAUUCAGCAUGCCCACUCAUUUGCCAUGCAAUCCUUUGAAAAUCGUCAAAGGUUGGUUGAUAUGAAAAGGGAAGCAUCUUCUAUGAAGAGAGAGAUCAAGUCUCUUGAAGCAAAAAUGAAAAAGUUGGAGGAUCAAGCCGAGGCUACAACCAAAGUUCAAACUUUAGCUCUUGAGAAAGCCGAAGCUGCUGAGGCCGUUAGAAAAGUUGCUGAGGCCGAGAAAAGAGAGGCCGAGGUUCAGAAGGCCCAGGCGAAGAAAGAACUCCAGCAAGCUCUGGCUACAAAAGAGGCCGAAAUCAAAGAGGCCGACGAAAAGCUUGAUCUUCCUACUGACUCGCCAUUGCGCCAGGCCGACGCUAUUCCUUUACCAUUUCCUCCACCUCCUCCUGAAGGUGGAUCAGAGUCUGAGGCCGAGGCCGUGGAUGAAGAUGAAGAGAGAAGACCCAAGAAUGCUGCCGAAGCCAAGUCCCCUCCUCCUGCUGAGCAGGUUAUGGACUUGACUUUGGAUGAGGAGGGCGAUGGGGCUGAGGGGGCACCCAAGGAGACUGCCACUGGGCAACUAUCGUCCAAUCUUCUGUUGGUAGAAAGAAGUGUUGAGUCAACAGUCGCUGAGAUUGAUGCCGAGAUAGAAGUGGAGAAAGUGGCCGAGGAGGUACCACCAGAGUCAUUUGAGGUCCCAGUCCCUGCAGUGGCUGAUGCUGAAGAAUCUUGA